AUGACCGUCGUGGCGGGCACCAUCGGCGGCGACCUCGCCUUCGUCCGCGAUCUGGCCCAGAAUCCCGAGCGCGCCACACCCGACGCCACUCCCAUCGAGCUCCGCUGCCUCAGCGGCGCGCUUCCUCCUCCCCUUCGUGCCCUCCUCAACAACGCCAUUGCGAUCAACUGCACCGCGUUCGAAGAUGCGGACGCAAACACCGGCGUCUCCGUGUUCGUGGGCAGCAAGACGGAGACCGCACUGCUGGCGAUGGCGCGCGACUCGAGAUGGCCGGGCUACAAGGCCGUUCGAGAGGCUGCUGAGGCUCUACAGGUGUUCCCGUUCCCGAGCGAGCGCAAGGCGAUGGGUGUCGUGGUGCGUCUUCCGGGAGGUCGUGCGCGGCUGUACGUCAAGGGCGCGAGCGAGGUGCUCGUCGCGGCGUGCGCACGCCAGGUUGUUGUCACAGAACGAGAAAAUGUGGUCACGAAGGUCACCGACGAAGACGAUCGGGCGCGGAUCUUGGAGAGCAUCACGUCGUACGCGUCGCAGACGCUCCACACCAUCGCUGUAUGCUAUCGAGACUUGGACGACUGGUCACCCAAGGCCGACGAAGUCUCAUGGACGGAUCUCGCACGCGAUCUCACGCUCGCUGGCCUCUUCGCUCUUGAGGACCCUCUUCGCCCCGGCGUUCGCAAAGCGGUGGCAGACUGCGCCCGCGCAGGCGUCCAGGUCAAGAUGUGCACCGGCGACAACGUCCUCACCACGCGCUCCAUUGCCACUCAGUGUGGCAUCUUCACCCCCGGCGGCAUCGUCAUGGAGGGCCCGCGGUUCCGCGCGCUGUCAGACACCGAGCGCCGCGUGACCGUGCAGCGUCUCCAGGUGCUCGCGCGCUCGUCGCCCGAGGACAAGCGCAUCCUCGUCACCACCCUCAAGGAGCUCGGCGAGAUCGUGGCGAUCACCGGCGACGGCACUAACGACGGGCCCGCGCUCAAGGCUGCGCACGUCGGCUUCUCGAUGGGCGUCACGGGCACCGAGGUCACGAAGGAAGCGUCCGACAUCCACCCGGACCCGGAGCUCAAGGUCGUUGUCGACGCGUAUCUCGGUGGUAGCUUAGGUUUGUUUGGCCGAGAGCGCGGCUCAUGUGCACACACCGACGCUCUGGUACUGGUCGCUUGA